GUGUAGACGAUCACGGGGCGAAACCUUAGACAGCCCGACCGGCAUCCGUUGUGGCAGCAUCGCGGGAGACAAUUGUACGGUGUAGCUGCGAUUUCUUGCCAUCUGGCCGCGCCACACGCACCCGUACGUGCUCGCUGAUUAGAUUGCGAUGGAGAGCGGCGCUGUUAGUAUGUUGAUGCGAUAUCCAUCCGCUGGGAAGUGCUUAUUCUCACGCUCUCUGCAUUCCCGCAUCACCCAGCCUCUCCACUCUAAUUGCACUAUGUACCGUGCAAACGAUGCUGUUUAUUUAUUUUUUAUUCUGCGCAACGCGGCGCUGCAGCCCGGCGAAUUAUUCUGAUAACAAACUAUCCGCUGGUUUCUGAUUGGGCGGUGGCGGUGGUGAAUUAUUGUGAUUAUUAAACAGCCUGAUCGCUGAUUGGUCGGUGGCUGUGGUCAGCGAUGGUGACCGGUGCCAACGACAGCGCUAUAGCCGUACUGAGUGACGCGGCGCGGCUGACCAAUCAGAGCGCGAGCGGCUUUAGCACGGAUGCGGCGCUGGCCAGUUCCAUGUACUACCCGGAUCUGUCGCAGAUUGAGCAGGUGCGGCUGGCCUGCAUCGUCGCCUAUCUGCUCCUCAUCGUCGCCGCCGUCACCGGCAACGGACUGGUCCUGCUGACCGUCACGAGGCAGAAGCACUUCCAUAAUUCCCUCAACUUCCUCACCUGCAAUCUCGCCGUGUCGGAUCUGCUGGUGGGAGCCUUCGUGGCGCCGGCCAAACUGCUGGAACUGACGGCCCCGUCGCGCCUACAGAUCUUCGGACCGGUGCUGUGCACGUGCCUGCAGUUCACGCAGUCCAUGACCAUCUUCUCCACCAUCAUGACGCUCCUGCUGGUCGCCACCGAGAGGUACCUGGUGAUCGUGCAUCCGCUGCGGCUGCGGCGUUUUAAGAAGAGCCGGCGCACGCGCGUCUUCCUGUGCUGCUCGUGGUUGAGCGCGCUGCUCUUCAGUCUGCCCAAUCUGAUCCCGGCGCAGGACUACCAGCUGCAGCUGCACAGCGACUGGGGCCGGCUGGACCGCGCCGGCUGCUCCGACGGCUACGACGCCGUUAAUCCCCACUUCCGCAAGGGAUAUUUUUGCUUCCUGGCGGUGACGCUAUGGCUCCUGCCGUCCCUGACCAUCUCCUACGCGUCGUGGCGCGUGCGGCAGGCCCUGUCCCUCAAGGAGUCCACCAAGGCCCUGCUGCAGGAAGAAGCCGCGACGGUGGAGACGCCUCGCCCGUGCCGGCAACCCGUCCGCACGGCCUCCCGCUCGGGGCGCAGCGUGCAGGCGCUGCAGUACCAGGCCUCCAACCGCCGCAAGGUGGCGGUCAUGAUGCUCAUCGUCAACGUCACCUUUCUCCUGUGCUGGUCACCCUAUUUCAUGGUGACGAUCAUCACGCAGUUCGGCACCAACUUCUUUACCGAAGGACACUUUUACUUCACGAUGCUGCUGAUCAACGGCUGCGGCUUCCUCAACUCGGCGCUGAACCCGGCCAUCUACAUGCUGGCGCCGCGUUUCCGGCGCAGCUGCUGCAGCACCCUGUCGGAAUUAUGCUCCUGUCUCCGGCCACUCGAUAGCCUGGAACGGCACGCGCCCUCCGACCCCUUCCUGCCCUCCUACAGCCUCAGCCUGGAGACCAGCUGGGAUCAGCAGUCAGCCAGUCUGCGCUCCUCCCCCUGCAGCCUGCACCGCAGCCGCCUGACCCUCCCGCCCCGGGUGCCGAGCGGCAGCUUCCGCAGUCUGCAGAACACCCGCGCCCCGGCGGCCGCCGACGGGAGUGCGCGGACCCGCAGCGUCAGCUUCCGGCACGCGGUGUACCACCCGCCGCGGGUGGCGCCGCAGCACCCACCCAUCCGGAUGAAUUCCCAGCCGAUGGGUCGGAAACGGCUGGCCGUGUCGACGCUGUCGACGGGGUCGGGAGAGGACAGCCGGUGGCGACGGCGGCGCAUGUCCUGCUCCGUGCCCAGCGGCCUCGACGUACAUAUGGGAACGCCGCGGCAGAUGGCGGUGCACAUGGGAUCCGGCCAGUCCAGUCGGACCCGUCUGGACAUGUGA